GGGGGGGGGGGUAUUGUUUUUCCACGUAAACAUCUUGCAUAUUAUGUCAUAAUUAAUCACAGUCAAAUUCAAAUCGUAGACAUGGCAGCACCGUUGGUCGAACUUAGCAACGGGGAGAAGAUACCAGCUCUUGGAUUGGGUACAUGGCAAGGCGUUGACAAUCCCAAUGUCGUUGGACAGGCUGUUAAACAUGCAAUUGAUGCUGGUUAUCGGCACUUUGAUUGUGCGUUCGUUUAUAGGAACGAGAAGGAAAUUGGGAAUGCCCUUAAAGAAAAGAUAGCAGAAGGCGUUGUCAAAAGGGAGGAUCUUUACAUUGUAACUAAGCUAUGGAAUGACAAGCAUAAGCUGGAACAAGUUGUUCCUGCAUGCAAAGAAUCUUUGAAAAACUUUGGUUUUGAUUAUAUUGACUUAUAUUUAAUUCACUGGCCUAUGUCUGUUGCUAAGGAAACAGGGGGGUUUUUCUCUUUGGAUGAAAACAACAAACCCCAUCCUUCGAUUGUGGAUUACUUGGAAACUUGGAAGGGAAUGGAAGAGUGUGUCAAGUUGGGUCUAACAAAGAGUAUAGGCUUGAGCAAUUUUAAUUCAGUACAAAUAGAUCGUGUCUUGUCCAUUGCUAAGAUCAAGCCAAUGAUGAAUCAGGUGGAAUGUAAUCCAAAUUUGAAUCAGAAAAAACUUAUAGAGUUCUGUAGCAAGCGUGGAAUUGCUAUUACAGCUUACAGUCCUUUUGGCGCUCCUCUUCGUUACUGGGCUAAACCUACUGAUACAGAAGUUGUAAUAGAACGACCAGAAACACUGGCAUUAGCUAAAAAGUAUGGAAAGACAGCAGCUCAAGUGCUGCUUAGAUAUUUGGUUGAUAUUGGCACAAUUCCUAUUCCAAAGUCUAGUUCAAAGGAGCGUAUUCAACAGAAUAUUGAUAUCUUUGAUUUUAAGCUAACUCCAGAGGAGAUUGCUAUAAUUGAUACAUUUAAUACUGGUACACGUACUUGUGCUUCCUUUGGUUAUGACACACACAAAGAUUAUCCUUUCCAUUUGGAGUUUUAAAAAAUCUAGGGGCUAUUAACUUCAUUAUGUUUUUUAAUGCUUGGUAUUUAUAUAAUUAUGUGUAAUAUAAUUACAAUAAUUUACUUAGUUUUUACACAUACAUAUUUUUAAAUUAUACUUGUUCUAAUUCCAUAUAAUUUAAAUUUUUUAUAAUGCAGUUUACGUACAUUGAAAUAUUCAAGUUCAUUUAUUCUGCAACUGACUCUGAAUGGCUCAUUGUUGUCUCAUCAAAUGGUGGCAUAUGUUUGAACAAGCAGUUAUUUUCAACAAACAAAGCCUGUCUGAAUUCAAUUCAUAAAUUGUUGGAAAAUUUAAGACAAUGGAUACGUUCAGGAAAUAUUUUUCCAGGAUAUGUAUAUAUUCCUGUACCAUUGUGAAUUAGAUCACUAUUACGCAAAAUAAACAGCAAUGAAUAAUAAUAGCUAACAAAUAUAAUGGAAUAAGUAGGUGUUUCAUAUAACAAAUGUUUCUAUAAAAGAAUAUGUAGAAUUCUUUUUUUUUUAUUAAAUGCAAGUAGGAGAAAUACUAAGGGGAAUAUAAAAGGUUGAUUAAGUCAGACGAUGAAACUAAACUAUAUACUACUGUAAUUAAAUAAGUAAGUAUAUAAGUACAAAAUAAAGUGAUAACUCAAAAAAAUAAA